AACAUUAAAGAAAAGAAAAAAAUCAAACAAAGACUGCUAUUUUCUCUGGUUUUGGGGUCGUCUUCUUUCACUCUCUACAAAUUUCACAACUUAAACUUCAAUUACUAAUUAACUGCUUAUCAAAUCAACUAAUCAAUCAGGGGGAGCUUCUCCAUUUCAGAGUUGGUGCCACCAAAUGACUUUGAGAAGCUUUGGAGGAUAAGAGUAGUUACAAAGGUCCCUCUCCGUGACUUAAUUGUUAUUUUCGCGAAGUCGGUCCAUUCAUGAUUGGGAAGAUGGUGGAAGGCCCUAAAUUUACGGGACUUAUUGGAGGAAAUACUCAUCAUCAUGAGAGUGAGAACAAUUACUAUGAUUUCACGCAAGGUUUCUAUCAAAAGCUUGAUGAGGGUACAAACAUGUCCAUUGAUAGUAUGCAAACCAGUAAUGCUGGUGGCUCUGUCUCUAUGUCCAUCGACAAUAGCAGUGUGGGUUCGAAUGAUUCUCUUACCCAUAUCUUGAGUCAUCCAGGUCUAAAACCUGUUAAUCACCACAACUACAGUGUCUCUGUUGGCCAAAGUGUUUUCCGUCCUGGGAAAGUUACCCAUGCGCUAAAUGAUGAUGCCUUAGCACAAGCCUUGAUGGAUAGCAGGUACCCAACUGAGGGACUUGCCAAUUAUGAUGAAUGGACAAUUGAUUUGAGAAAGCUCAUCAUGGGCACAGCUUUUGCCCAAGGUGCUUUCGGAAAAUUGUACAGGGGAACUUACAAUGGGGAGGAUGUUGCAAUAAAGAUUUUGGAGAGGCCAGAAAAUAGCCCUGAAAAGGCACAAGUGAUGGAGCAGCAGUUUCAGCAGGAAGUGAUGAUGCUUGCUACAUUAAAGCAUCCUAACAUUGUGCGCUUUAUUGGUGGAUGCCGUAAGCCCAUGGUCUGGUGCAUUGUGACUGAAUAUGCCAAGGGCGGGUCGGUUCGCCAGUUUCUAACAAAGAGGCAGAAUCGGGCUGUACCAUUGAAACUAGCAGUCAAGCAGGCUUUGGAUGUUGCAAGGGGGAUGUCAUAUGUUCAUGGGCUUGGUUUUAUACAUCGAGAUUUAAAGUCAGAUAACCUUCUAAUUUCUGCUGAUAAGUCGAUAAAAAUUGCAGAUUUUGGUGUUGCACGGAUUGAGGUGCAGACUGAGGGAAUGACGCCUGAAACAGGGACAUAUCGAUGGAUGGCUCCAGAGAUGAUACUAGUCUUGAAAUUAAAUAGGUUGUGCUGGAAGAAAAAAGAAGGAAAACUAUGGAGAAUUGUUUCAAGAAUGCUAUAGAUGUUAGAGCAUCCGAUGGACCUCCUCUAGCUACGAGAAGCAGCUUCUUGGCAUGUAGCCAAGCCAUAGCUGUACAAGGACACCUUGCAUGGUAUCUGUGAUGUCAUACUAUGCCACGGUGCGGUGGAAGUACUUUCUUUUGAUGUGUCUGGCAGGUCGAAGUACUUGCUUUUGAACUAAGAAACUUAUCAUAAGUUCAUAUCAGUUCCUUAUAAUUUAAAAGAUUUAGUUUAUAGCAUCUGAUAUCUGCAUCUCCACUGACCUUUAUUGCUCAUCAAGAAAAGAAAUCAGAACUGCCUGAUCUGUUUUCCCCUUGAACACUCGAAGGGCUCAGCUGGUGCACUAAGUGCUCCCAGACUAUUUGGAAGGGUAGGUAAAGGGGUGGUACAUUCCCAUGCCUUGAACCCAAGACAUGCAUAUCUCCAAAGAAGCAGCUUUAUUUCUCCAAUAUCUUAAAUGCUACAACCUGUAAAAGCGAAUACCUUUAUAAUGGUAGAGAUGCUUAUGGUUGAUCUUGGUCAAUUAUUUUCCACAUAGGAGGACUUGGAGGUGUGAUAAUUUUGGCAUGAGAUAACAAUGUGGCAGUAGGAAUCUUUGCAAGUGAGGAAAGCACUGGUAAUAACACCGAGGACAUCAUCACAAGAUAUGGUGUUUAAGGAACAUCUGGAGAAGAAGGGUGGAGGGGUGGUGAUAUAAGGAAUAUGUAGGAGAGGGAAUUGGGGAAGGUGUGGGAGGAGAUGGAAAGGCAUCGCAAAAACAAAACAAAAAUUUGAAUAUAUGAUAAAGUCAAAACUACUAUGUGCAAAUAGGAUGAAAUUAAAUAAAAUAAGGAAAAAUACAGAAUCUUGUUCACUAGUGUGUUGAAAAUCACAGCUACUGACCUUUUGAAGUAGAAAUCUUAAUGCUCGAGAUCUUCUCAAUAUCCUGGACUUCAUUGUUUCUGCAUUGUCCCAGCGGUGGUUGCUGGAAUAUAUUUAAAGAGAAACUGAAGCCUUUUCUAGACAUCCAAUUAGUUUUUUUUCUCGACAUCUAGGAUUCAUACGAGUAAUUAUGUAACUGUUCUGAAACAACUUUCUUUGUGCAAUAGGAAGGAGCACUAUUAUAGAUUUAAUAUUUUUGUCUGGAGAAACUGAUUCUUUGAUUUUCUAUUUAAUGUAUCAGACUGAUCUACAUGCUUUGAUUCAGGAAUGCCAUAAAGCGCGGUUUUAUGAGUUA